AUGCCUCUUAAGAUCCCGGGCAAACUUGAUCUCUUCCCUCGCUCUCGUAGGCCACUCCGAAGCAAGGUUGUAUGUCAGUCACAAUCAGUAUCCACACCUCCUACCAACACCCAGGCUCCAAACGCCUCUGUGGAUCCCUUUGAAGCCGUCAAACAUAGACUUGAGAAGAAAUACAAAGAGACAAUUCAAUCUCUGGUGGCGGACGGCGUGGACCUGACACCAGAGGCUAUAGUUCACUUGCUCCACAGCAGGAGAGAAACGUGCUGGAAAGCAAACUGGACCAUUCAGUGCGGGGGCCACACCAUACAGUUAAGCCACGUCGCGGACCAAGUUCUGGACUGCCUUGACAAGUUCAAGGCUGUAGGAGACAUUGCUGUCAAUGCUAACCCCCUGUUUGCCGGCUUACCAUGGGCGUUCGUCAGAUUCGUGCUGCAGGCUGCGCUAUCGGAUCGUGAGCAGAUGGAGGCUAUAUUCCGUGGCCUCAAUAGGAUUUUGUAUGUCUCGUACCGAUGUCAAUUAUACGAGCGCUAUUAUUUGCUAUCUCAUGGCCCUUCUGAUGCCAGCUCUGAGCUUCAGUCUGCGAUUACUGAUUUAUAUGACCUCAUAUUUCGAUUUUUGGCUUCUGCAGUGCGAACGUACAAUAAAAGUUCCCUCCAAAGGGUUGGCUCAGCUUUAUGGGGGUCUAUCAGUGUGCUCGGGUUCGAUGACGAAUGCAAAGACCUUGAAAUGAGGGCAGAGCAUGCCGCUCAAAAUUGCGAGCGGCAUUUAAACAGCAUUGAACGUGACGAAUGCUCCAAGUUUCGUAACCUUUUGCGGGACCUUCCAAAGCUGAAAGACCUGAAAGACUCGCUAGAUCAUGUAGAUCUAAUAGUGACUAAUAUAUGGGUAAGGGCAGAGCAGCAGGACAUAAGGGAUGUCUUGAAGUGGGUAUCUGCAAUUCCAUAUGAGGAUCAUCAUGCGGCUGCUUGUAAAAACCGCACCCCUAAUACUGGCUGUUGGUUGUUUGAAGAUAAACGAUACCAGGCAUGGCAAUUAUCCAAUCAACCGGCUAUAAUGUGGCUGCAUGGAAUCCGUAAGUUGUACCAUUCCAGCCUCAAAAAUAAAAUUGACGUUCUUCAAGCCGGUGCCGGUAAAACGAAGCUCACCUCUAGAGUUAUUGACCGUUUUUUGGGCAUGUUCCGGCAGGACUAUGGCGUCGCAUACUUUUAUUGUAACCGUUACGAGAGCUCUCGCCGUGAUCCAACAAAAAUUCUGCAAAGCCUUGUGAAACAGCUCGCCCGGUCUCCACAAGGGGACGCUAUACAGCAGCCUCUUCUCGAUGUCUACCGAAAAAAGGAACGCACAGGCUGGGCAUCUGAACAACUAAGCCUCGAAGAAAGUGAAGACAUUAUUUUGAGGUUACUUGAAGCAUAUUCACAAACUAUAUUGAUCAUUGAUGCUCUCGACGAGAGCUAUGAACAGGGUCGAAUGGAUCUUAUAAAGUCUUUCAUUAACAUAGUUUCGAAAUCCCGUAACGUGAAGUUCUUCAUUUCCAGCAGAUGCGAUGAUGAUAUUAAACGGCAGCUUGAAAUUAAUGGGAAUAUUGGGAUCGAGGCCACCGACAAUCAAGACGACAUUAGCAAGUUUGUCAAGGAACGAAUUGAAGCGUAUCAAGGAAGGCCAAUUACUGAACAGCUGAAAACCGAAAUUUCUAGCAUUCUUUUGGAAAAGAGCCGAGGAAUGUUUCAAUGGGCGGCUUUGCAGAUAGAACAAAUCCUUCAACUUAGAUUGGAAAAUGAUAUUAGAAACCGGCUAGGUCGACUCCCUAAGGGUCUUAAGGAAGCAUACGACGAACUUUGGGACAAAAUUCAGAUUGCGGAGGGAAGCAAGCCGGAAAUCGCAUUCCGUGCAUUCAAAUGGGUUCUGCGAUCCUACAGCCCCUUGACCCCAGAAGCAUUGACUACCUUUAUUAGUCGAAGUCCUCAUGAUGGUAGAGUCCAAAAUUCCGAUUUAGAUAUCGAUUUUAUUCUUGACGCCUGUUGUAAUCUUUUGGUCGUCGAUUCAAUCCAGAAGGUCUGUCGAUUUUCACACUUGUCAGUGCAGGAAUACCUUGAAAAUCAUCAACCAAGCGAAAAUGGGUCCACGCAAGCCGAGAUUGCUAUUGUGACAAUCAAAUAUCUGCUCGAUAACGACACAGACUUUGAUGUCCUGAAUCCGCUUAGUGCGGCGGAUUCGUUGCAUUAUGCGGCAAAGUUUUGGCCUCUUCACGCUAGGGAAGCUCUAGAUGUUACCAGAAACGACCAGCUUGUUACUUUGAUGAACUGCAUAUUCAGUAGUGAAAGCUCUAAAGCUUAUGGAAAUUGGCUGAGGCUGUAUAACCCUGAUUUGAAAUGGCCGAGCCCAUAUACCCUAAAAUUUCCUAGCCCGUUGUAUUACUCAUCGCUUUUGGGUCUGCAAGUUUGUACGGAAAAACUCUUUCGCAGUGGUGCUCAGGUGCUCAAAGAGGGCAAACUUGGGAACACGAUGGUUGCGGUUGCAAGUUAUUGCCACCCCAAAAUCACCCGUGACAUGCUGAAACAACUUAAAGCCAUCAAGCAAGAUUAUAUCUGCGAUAUUAUGACUAACAUCGAUGGAUAUGUCAGCGAAACGAUAGUGUCAUUACUGGACUUGGGACUCUUGUGCUGUGGCACUAAAAAGGAAGGCCAGACUCGAGUACUUUGCGAGGAGUACCUAUCUGCAGCGGCAAAAAACCGCAAAUAUGGGGCGGAAAUAUUGGCUCUUCUUCUGGAAAACCAAGAGGAGCAGGCUCUCAUCACAGAGAACGUCGUUCUGACGGCAGCGGCUAAUGGCGGAUGCGGGGAUAGGAUAAUAGCCCUGUUUCUGAACAGCCGACAGGAUAUUACAUUUGCUACAGAAAAUUUCCUGGAGAAAGUUGUAGAAAAUAGCGAGUGCGGAGGCAAUAUACUGUCUCUUUUAGAUGUGGAAAUCCCAGCCACAGAAAAAAUCAUGAAAGCAGCUGCCCAAAAUUGGAACUGGGGAGACAAGAUAAUGAAAGUCUUGAUAGAGAAUCAGAAAACAAAACUUCUAGUCACAGAGUCUGUGGUUGAGGCUGCGGCGGCAAACCCGUUUCUAGGAGACAAAAUAAUAGCUCUUCUGCUAGAGAAGCACGAGACGGAAAUUCCAACGACAGAAGCCGUUCUGCGGGCAGCGGCAGCAAACCCGAGAUAUUCACAAGCUAUAACCACUCUUUUGUUGACGAAUCGGAAAACAAGGGUUAUAAUUCCUGACAGUCUCUUCGAGGAUUUGGCAAUCAUUGUCAAACCUAGGAUAAUGGCUUUGCUGAAGCAGUACAAGGCAACCGAGCCGGCCAUAGGCACUGAGGUCUUGAGGACACCAUAA